GGGGUGUCCUGGAAGACUGACGACCGCGUGUUAUGGAGCCGCCGGUCCAUCUUCGUCUCUACUCUGCAACUUACCUACCACAUCUCCCUCUCUCAGGCUUUUAGUCCCUUUCUUCUCAUUAUCUCCAACUACGCGCUCUAUUUAAUUGGCGUCUGUAACAGAUUCUUUCUCCCUUCUCUUAAUCUGUUCCCGAAAGAUGGCGUCCAUGGAACCGGAUUCCAAUUCUAAGCAGCCCAAGUCGUGGACCUUCUCCGCUUGGUUUCCCGGAAGAGACGCUGCGGCUGGUGAAAUAGAAGACCCGAGGGAACCUCUGAUCCACGGCGAUGUAUCUGGUGAUAGUUAUUCUGUGGCCGCAGCGAUCCUCCCGUUCUUAUUCCCAGCUAUAGGAGGGCUACUCUAUGGUUAUGAUAUUGGUGCAACAUCUGGUGCUAAAAUUUCUCUUCAGUCAGCAACCUUAAGUGGGACAACAUGGUAUGGUAUGUCGUCCAUAGAGGUUGGACUAGUGGUCAGUGGAUCUCUUUAUGGUGCCUUGAUUGGCUCAGUACUCGCAUACAUCAUUGCUGACUUUUUAGGUAGACGGAGGGAGUUAAUCCUCUCUUCUAUGCUAUACUUUGUUGGAGCUUUGAUAACAGCAUUGGCACCAAACCUUUCUAUUAUGGUGGCUGGACGCUUUAUUUUUGGUAUAGGGAUUGGAUUAGCUAUGCAUGCUGCUCCCAUGUAUAUUGCAGAAACGGCACCAAGUCAGAUACGAGGAACACUUAUUUCUUUGAAAGAGUUUUUCAUAGUCUUUGGGAUGCUUUUGGGUUACAUAACUGGAAACAUUUAUGUGGAUUUGGUUGGUGGGUGGCGCUACAUGUAUGCAACCUGUGCCCCAAUAUGUAUAGUUAUGGGCAUAGGAAUGUGGUGCUUACCCCCAUCUCCUCGUUGGCUGCUUUUGUGUGCCAUACAGGGAAAAAGAAGCGUGCAAGAUGCAAGAGAACUUUCCAUUAAAUGUUUGUGCCGUUUAAGAGGUUCAGCUUUUGAUAGUUCGGCUUCGGAACAAGUUGACUUGAUUCUGAAUGAUUUGUCUCAUGCCAAUCAUGGAAAACAAUCAACAUUCAGGGAGAUCUUUCAAGGGAAAUGCCUUAAAGCACUCAUAAUCGGUGCAGGACUAGUUUUUUUCCAGCAGAUAACUGGGCAGCCAAGUGUGCUGUAUUAUGCUGCAACCAUUCUUCAGAGUGCAGGAUUCUCUGCAGCAUCUGAUGCUACACGUGUUUCUAUUCUUCUUGGUUUACUAAAGCUAAUUAUGACUGGUAUUGCUGUUCUUGUGGUAGAUAGACUUGGACGAAGGCCAUUACUUAUUUCAGGUGUCAGUGGAAUUACAAUCUCCUUAUUCCUUCUUUCUUCAUACUACACCUUCUUGAAGGAUUUACCCUUUGUGGCCGUGAUUGCAUUGCUGGUGUAUGUUGGAUGUUAUCAGUUAUCAUUUGGUCCAAUUGGUUGGCUGAUGAUAUCAGAAAUUUUUCCCUUGCGAUUAAGAGGUCGGGGUUUAAGUAUUGCAGUGCUCGUUAACUUUGCCUCAAAUGCAUUAGUGACUUUUGCUUUCUCACCAUUGGAGGAACUAGUUGGUACUGGUAUACUUUUUGCCGGCUUUGGUGUGAUUGCCAUUGCCUCUCUGUUAUUCAUAUUCUUCGUCGUGCCAGAGACAAAAGGACUCAGUUUAGAGGAAAUCGAAGAGAAAAUCUUGUGAAAGGUUCAGACAAUCUUAUAUAUGUAAUUUAUAAUUAUAAUUGUUUAGAUUAGUUUGAUACAAUUAUAAGGUGAUAUUAGUGCUGAGGUGUCAUGAGAUGCCUUAUCUGCUAUUUAUCUAAAAAUGUAACUCAAUACAAUUUUAAGGCGAUAUCAGUUUACUGUUGCCAGUA